AUGGCAUCAAUUAAAGACUCCAAGGCUUUGCCAGAGACGGUCUCUGAUCCAAUAGCAUCCUCUGAUACCUCUGUCGAUGACGACCAGCAGGCCAGCGACACAGAGAAUCGCCAAGACACGCACAAGCGGCAGCAUUGGCGAUAUGGUGUUCUCUUCCAAGCCACUGUCGUCGGCCUCUGCGCAUUUGCUGCACCUGGGCUAUGGAAUGCCAUGCAGUCGGUUGGCGCGGGAGGACAGCAAACACCUUUCCUCGUCAUGGCGGGCAACGCCGUCCUUUUCUCGCUGAUGACCAUCACCUGUCUUACCUCAUCUGUCCUGAUCAAUCGCAUCGGUCUUCGAUGGACGAUGUGCCUAGGGACGACAGGCUACGCCUUGUAUUCUGCAGCACUAUAUCAGAACAAUCGCUAUGGCACACAAUGGUUCAUCUAUGUCGGCAGUGCUGCUUGUGGUAUAACAGCGGGGUGGUUCUGGGCAGCAGAAGGCAGUAUCAUGCUUUCAUAUCCUCGUGCAGCAUCCAGAGGUCGGUAUUUGGCCUACUGGCUGGCCUAUCGGAACUCCGGAGCAAUCCUCGGCGGAGCAAUCAACCUGGGAUUCAAUGCCACUGGUUCACGACUUGGGAAACUUGACUGGAGGACGUACAUCGUCUUCGUGGUUUUGCAAUGCCUCGGACCUGGUGUCGCUCUCUUGCUCGCGCCCGCGAAGAAGGUACAGAGAUCUGAUGGUACCCGACCCAAACAGCUCGAAACUCUGCCGGACGCGGUUGAGCUGAAGGCGACUUUCAGACUGAUGCUGCGGAAAGAGUUUCUGCUGAUCAUUCCCUACCUCUGUUAUGUGACAUGGUCGCUUCCAUAUAUCGGCUCUUACAUGACAUUGUACUUUAGUGUCCGCUCCCGAGCUCUUGCCUCUCUCAUCACUGCUGUCGCUCAGGUUCUUUCGACUUUCGUUAUGGGCACCUUUCUUGACUGGAAGAGGCUGUCCAUUAAUCAACGCGCCAAAUACGGAUUCCUCGGCAUGAUGACUCUAAGUGGCGGCAUUUGGGUUUGGGCAAUUGUCAUUCAGCAUAAAUACCAGUCCAAGAAACCAGCCUUGGACUGGGUUGACGAUGGUUUCGGUGAAGGUUGGGCGCUCUACGUCUUCCAGCAGAUUGAAUUCGCUCUGACCUACAACUUCGGCUAUUGGCUGAUUGGCUGGCUUGCGAAGGCACCAGUUGAAGUCAUUCGGUAUGCGGCUGUGGCACGAGGUGUUGAGGCUGCGGGCCAGUGUAUCGCUUCGGGCAUCAGCUCAACCAAAACUCCGCCCAUCGUGUCUGCUGGCAUUAUCCUGGCUUUAUGGGGCGUGGCCUUCGUUCCUGCAUACUUUGUUGUGCGCAACGUUGGUGUAGUCCAUGUUGGUGCGGAGGGGUUCCCAGUGCAGCGCGGAGACAAUGAUUCCGGCUCUGACACUCCACAUCGUGAAGUGAAGAUGUGA